AUGGAAACGAAGCGCACGGUCGCGCGGUUCAUGGUGUCCAAAGUGGGCAGCUUUGUCGUCAAGGAGCGCGUGCUGUGCUUUGGUGAGUACUCGUUCUCGACGCUGGAUCGAGAGAACCAGCAGAUGACCAACACGUGGCCGUACGAAGACGUCGACGGUGCGAACGUGCUGGAAGGCGAGACGGACUUUGUGAUCCACACGCCGCGCCAUCGCGUCAAGAAGACGGUGUAUCGCUGUCAGUUCCGCAUGGACGUGCUCGUGUGCCUCUUGCGGCUGCGCAGUCACCACUGCGCCAAGACGCCCAACUGCGCGACGCCGCUGGGGCUCCAGACGCACGUGUUUGACGGCCGCAAGUGCUACUGGAGCGGCGUCGAGUCGCCGUGUGUCGUGGAGGUUCGGCCCGAUGGCAUUUACCAGCGAGAUAAGGAAGGAGACGUGAUGAGCUGCAUUCAGUAUACGAGUUUGGUCUCGAUGGACGUGAUCUGUGACGACCACGAAGCGAUUGCGCUCAACCACGCGGACAACUCGAGUCUCUUGCUCGCGCCACGACGGAAGGAGUUGGCAGUAGCUAUUGACCGCAUGAUGAAAGCGUAUGGGAUGCAGAUCAAUGAGUACCGUGAGAAAACGAUGGACAUGGCGCUGAAAGACGGCGGGUUUGUAGCGACGCUGGCGAGGACCGCAGUGUUGUUCGAGUAUCAGGUCUCGAAGGUCACGACGUCGAAAGAGCCGAGUCGCAGUGCUCUUCGGACCCUGUCGGUCUCGGAAAUGCACAUCACGGAGUUCACAGAUGCCCACACAGUGAUUUCCAGCCGCCCUCUAGUGCGGAUUUACAGUCUUGUCAUCUACCAAGACACAGUGCAAACGUUUCGAGUCGUCUACGUGGACGGAGUCAGUCGCACGUAUGAUUCAUAUCAGCGUGAGAAAAUUGUGUGCGAACUGCUAGCAUCUUGUCACGCGCUGGGCAACUUCCAAGUGGGUGUGGAGAUGGCCGAUAUGCCAGACUUUAUGCGCAUGAUCCCGCGCGAACUCAUACGAGAAGGAAGUAGGGUCGCAAGUGCUGCACCGAAUGUAAACGUGAUGGACCGAGAGCUUCGUGCUGCGCAAGCAAACAUCUUGCACUCGCUAGCGGUGCAUGGCGGUCGGAAGACAGCACGCACGCAACGACAGCUUCCUCGAGGCCUUGACGAAGAGAUGCAUUCUCUGGCGGUGGAGUUUAAUGUCAAUACACCGACAUCUGGUGUGAUUACGCAACCUAGUAAGUCGUUUGAAAAGGCGUUGUACGUCCUUGCGCGGGAGCUCCGUGACAUCGUGGCUCGACACGGUGCGAACCACGACUUCGUCAUCACGUACCUCCAAUCUCUCUAUCGUUUGAUGCUUGCACCCUCUGCCAUCAACGAGUUUGUGAAGAUCCUGACCGAGCGCGAAGAGGAGUACAUUGGAACAAUCUGUACGAUUUUGGACAGGAAGAAUGCGGUUGCUACGUACUGGAUGUUCAUGGUACUGAUCCGGCUAAUGGAGUCGAAGGAGCAUAGGUUGCAAUGUCGACAGCUUCUGUUAUCUAACAGUGUCUUUAUGAUGGCACUACUUGCACUGCUGGACGAAGAUGUUCGCACGGGAUUGUUUUUGUCGGAUCUUCCUACCAUGAAAUUGUGUCAGCUGAUUCUGUUGUUAGUGAAGGCGAAUGGUGAGAAGCCGCCAGAAGUUUUGGAAACGCUCUACCAGCAUUUGGCAACGAAAUACAGAAUGUUGCUCCGAAUUCUGUUCAGCUUUCCGGGGUUGGCUACUGUGGAAGCCUGUGUGGCCAUUUUGAGUAAAAUGACAAAGAAUCCGGCGUGUCUGCAUUUCGGUAACAUGGGAUUUCCAGUGCGGUCGAAUGAUGGAAAGAUCCCUCAGCAAACGCUCAGCUUUGGCGAGAUGCUAAAGUUUGGCUCUAGUAGCCAGCGGGAGGGUGUUGCUCCGCCGUCAAACCGUCCUUUGACAUUUUCAUCGCGAAGAAACACGUAUUUGGCGAAUCGAAACAAUACUUUCUCUUCGUCUGCGUCUGCGUCUUCCUCCGGUGGUUUGUCUGGCGUCCCAGCUAGCGCGGUGGUUGUGCAGAAUCCAGCAGUGCUCUUGCGACAAUAUCGGCAGUUUCUCGAGGCAGAAUGGGGCUCCUUGCAGAUGAGGAUCGAUCAGUAUGAUGACCCAAAGUUUUUGCGUCUUCGUUAUCGAUGUCGCAACACCUUUUUGCAGGAGCUUAUGAGUCACUUGGCGGGUAACUUUGAGGAGUUCAAGCGCGUAUAUAAAGUUGAUUGCUGUCAGUUCAGUGGAUUCAUCGGUACGGCAGAUGGACAGAGGGAAAGAACUCGGCUUUAUUUGACGCCCCGAGCCUUAGUUUCUGUGCGAAGUGUUAGCAAGCGCACCCAAGAAUUCGAGUACCGGUCAGUCCAAGAGAUAAUUGAAACGAAGACAAAUCCGGAUGCUUUUGUCGUUACGAUGAAGAGUAAGUUGAAGUUCAUCUACUCGGACCAAAGUGGCAAGAUUGUGGAGAAGAUGAAGACACUAGCUGGUGUUGUUGGAAUUCAUAUCCGGCUAAGGAUGCAGGAGAAGCUUCCAAAGCAGCCGAUGGAAAAGCCGCUGGACCAAUCCAAGUUCCAUUCGAACGAUCUGUUUGAUGUCCAGAGAUUGACGGGCCGCCAUGGGUCCACACACUUACGAAAGAGAAAGCUAUGCUUUGUGGAUGGAACGAUCGAAGAGUUCACGAACUGCUCGAAAAAAGUGUACGAUCUGAAAAACUUGCGGCGUGUGGUAGUGCCUGCGUCGGAAGGAGGCGAUGUGCAAGCUGUGGUUGUGUUGGAGUUUUUGGAUUGCAGCCGUGUUACGUACGUGCCAUACGAUAUUGAAAAGUUUCUGGCCGCAGUAUACGAUGGAUAUCGCUGCGUUGACAAUUAUGACGUAUCGCUACGCCGAGAGUUUUCGAACUUGAACCCGAGAAUGUCUACGAGAAUGUUGCUACGUGACGAGAGUGAGCGAUUUCUUUACUGCAACAAUAAUGGACUAUACAUCCCAGCACACGCGGCAGUGGAGAAAGAGUUUGAAAUGAUGAAUGCAGAAGGAGCCAGCAUCGUUUCGGCGACGAAUAGAGUCGCGUUCGCACUCGAAAACUUGAACAUGAAUGUCGAAUUGAGCGACUUCACUAAACAAUCUAUGCGUGGACGGUUAGAAAAGCUGUCAUUUAGCCAUUUGCUCGCGGGGAUUCAUAAUAUGCUCGAGUAUUCUUGCAAGCCGCCGAUCCGGACAAACGAUAUUUGUGUCAUCCUGGAAGCAUUUUGUCGCAUCAAUGACGGCUGUUAUCGGAUCUCAAUGGAGAAGUCAAACGGCGGUGCGAUGAUCAUCGUUCCAACGUUGGCUCAAAUACUGGUUUCUGGUGACCCCGUUGCAACGGUGUGGGCACUGGAUGCGCUACAUUCGCUAGUCACUGACAAAUCGCGAUCGAAUGCACACCACGCGGCUGAAAAAGCUAUUCGCAGUCAGGUGUUCGAUCACAAGAAGCUGAUUGUGCUGCUAACUGAUCUACUGGAUCGACGCAAUCCAAGCUCUACUCUCGCGGUGCUGGAACUCGUCUUGGAUGUGCUGGUCGUUUCUCGCCAUAGCACCGAUACUGUUCACUUUGAUGCCAUUAUCAAGGCACUGGGGGGAAAGUACUUACUGUUGAUCGAGUUAGCGGCUCGAACCUCGAAUGCAGGAUUGGCUGCAGCGGUUAUUUGCGUCUUGAAGGUGCUUGUUGACAAUGGCCAUCACAAAAUUCGCCGACGUAUUUGUGACGUCGCCUUGGAAUCAGGUCUCACUGUGAAGCAUUUGUACAAGGCAUUUUUUCACCCUGCUGAUAACGCAAAGGAGACAUAUCAGUACAUUGCAAGCAUAUGGGUGACUCAUCAUAAAGCCUCUCACGAAAUGUUUGCGAGAGUGCUCCCUCAUGGGUUCAUUCGAAUGAUAUCAGACCCGAUGGUUCGUAAAUUGCUAAAGAAGCAGCGAGCCCGGAAGACCGAGUCUGUGCGGAGGAGAAGCAAACAUCAGCUUCUGAACCAAGUCGAUGGGUCCGAGUGGUUCAUUCGUCGCAUGCAGCUCCAAAUCGGAACGAUAUUUUCGAGUGGCUUUACGUCUGAAAGUCGAGGGAAGGAAGAUUUAUUGCACAUGAAUUAUUCUGGCGAAUCAUCUACAGACAUGGCUUUGCUGUCGAGUAUGAUCAGCAAAGACUUUCUGCUGCCUGACUUGAUCUGGAAUGAACACACACGGACUGAAUUGGAGACUGCACUCAAGUCGGCGAUUGAAGAAUUUGAUCAACACAAAGUGGACCAAGCAGCUGUGAUUUCAUUAGUUGCCUCUCGAAAAGGAGGUAGCGAGAUCAAAUGGAACCACGCCCGAUUUUCUGUGACAUACAAAAGCAUUGCCCAGGAGCUCCGAGUUGACCGCUUCUAUCUUCGUGUUAUCAUGAAACGGAUAAAUGACGGGUCGUUGAAAUUGGCUGAAGUUGGCAAUACUGUCCGUGCAAUGGAAGCUGGGACGCACGCAGGAAAACUCACGAAGUCGAGCAGUCUCUUUUUUGCAAGCGUAGACAUUGCUAAAAACCCAGCGGCGUUUUUCAACGAGGUCUACCAAUGCUGGCUGGAGCAUCUUCAUUUGAACAAUAUUCCUCUAUCAGGAACGUGCGACUGGUCCGCAAGCGGAAGCAAUGGAUUUUCGCAACAUGUUGAAGCGCUCGGAAGCGAGCAGCAUGGUCACACGAUGCUGAAAAUUUUGAUCGAGUUAGCACGUGUAUUCCCAGAAGCUCGGUCAGUUACGGAACACAGAGCACGCUUUCUUACCGAGCUGCUACGAAAUUCGUAUUUGAUGAGCGAAAUACAAGACAUCGUGGAGUUGAUGUCUUGCGUCAGUUUGUCUAGUGAGGCAAGUGCCGAGCUGUGCACGACGAACCACAUCCAAGUGCUGCUGCAAAUGUCGAUACUUUCACACAGGCGUCCAACAGAGCUGGUUAAAAGCGGCCCAACCAGUAGAGGUCAAGGCGAUAUUCCAAUAAUGGACUCGAUGACGAUGUCCGAGUUUGAUGAGAGCUCUACCGUGCCGAUAGCAGAACUGUCGUUGUACAACGAGUCAAGAUUUGCUUUGAAAUGGAGCAUAAAGUGUAAAACUGUGGGGAACACAGAAGAAGGAAGUGCGGUCAACGGACCGUAUUCAGCAAACGGGCUGAAGGAAUUCCUGGACGCUCAUUCAUUUACCCGAUACCAUCAAAUCAGCGCACUCGACGUAUGCUGCUGCUCAUCGCAUGCUGGUGGUACUGAGCAUACUUGGAAGUCGAUGUUUGAGUAUCCAGAGUUGCGGUGGAUGGAGCUUACUGAUGAGCCUAUUGACACAAAUUGCGCGGCGUUCGCACUGAAAACGCUGAGGAACUUUAUGGUCAAAGAUCAAGGCGCAGUCCAUUCUGGAAAGUCAACGCUGUGGCCGCCUCCGUUGAUGAGCACGGUCUUGGCUAAUGCGUCUUCAUUGGCCCUUAUCGUUCAGCUUCUGCUAGUGAAUAACGCCAGUGUACGGAGAUACGUCUGCGAGAUGCUCAUGUCUCUUGACGAAGUGGAAUUGCAAGAAAUGUACAAGUACGGAGUAUUUUACUUCAUUUUCUCCACGGCUGCUAACCUGAAAGGAUCUGAAAACGUACCUGCUUUUUUGCCAGAGGCAACUUUGCUGCAACGGAUUCAUCGCACUCAGCGGUCAUUGGAGCGACAAGCAGGACGAAGCUAUUUGGUUGACAUAUUGCCGGAAUCCCUCAUAUCGGUCUUGGACUCAGAUACCCCUGAACGCUUUGCCGAUGUGUACAGUGGUCGCGCGCACGACAAGCGAGUCUUGUGGUCCUCAAAUAUGAGGAUCCAUUUGCAAGAAAUGAUGGAUGAGCAUUUGAACGAGUUCAAGGAGCAUUUGAAGGAAAACGUUGCGGCAAAGUACAGCUACACUCCGAUUCCUCCGAUCUCUUAUUUGGAGUUAUCAGGAGAUGUGUACUGCAGUGGUUUCUACCUGUCGGCCUUUAAUCGAAGCCAUUCUGAUGACGAAGAGGUCGAGAAUCCUGUGUUUCUCAUGAAGAGUGUUGAGGAAAAGUGGAGGUACUUCACUCGGCGCCAAGUUGAUGGUACGGAAGAGACUAUGGAUCACUCGGAUGCUUGCAGGAUAUUUGGCUGGAAAGAAGACGUGACUUACUCCUUGUCAGAUUUACGCAGACGUUACCGGGAGCUGUGUCGACAAGGGAUUGCAAUGGAUACCGUCCGUCAUGCAUUUGACUCAAUUUGUGCUGCAAUUGAGCGUAAAAAUGAAGCGGAUGGUGGGAGAACGUCAGACGAAGUCCGUGAGCACAUACUGCGCUCCCAACUUCGGUUAUUGGACGAAUACGGCUUCCAUUUCUCUUCAUACGAGUCUUCGACGCUGGACUUGCUCCUUAGUGUAUUGUCAUCUCAAUCGAAAGGGGAUUCUAAGUUUCGAACACUCGCGAUGAACGUGCUGCAGCGACUGCUCCAUCUCGCACCACAAAAUGGCCCGCUUUUGGUUGAGAUCGACGGCUGUUGGGAAACGAUUCUCGGCUUGGUGGAACGCUGUGCUUAUGGACACGAUGUGGCAGCAAAAGAAAGUAUGUUUUCUAUAUUGCAGCUACUACUUGUUUCUGAAGAGGGGGUCGAGUCACUUUUGGGGGGCAACAGUGCAUCAUCUGAGAAGGCGCCACCGUCCAAGGGGUUUGAAUUUACUGCCUUUGGAGAUGAUGAGAAUACUUCAUUUUUUACCGCGACCGAGUACGCAUCACAGAAAGGACCAGGCAGGUCUAGACACGCUCAGAGUGUAUAUUCCUUGCUCGAUGAUGUCAUUCUCUCGUUUGAGAACAUCCAGCCAUGGCAUAUCCAGAAGAUGUCCUUUGAUAUUGCGUCAUCGCUUUGCCGGAGCCGUGUAGUUCAAGAACAAAUCAUGACCUCCACACGAGUCUUCUGGAAAGGUCUGUAUUUGAUUUUGGCGUCAGCUGAGAGUACGUCAGGAAUCGAUAGGACUCGGGGAAGUGCGACGGCAUUGGAGAAGCAAGAACUUGAGAUGUUGGAAAGCGCCUUUGGAUCUCUUCGUUCGCUAGCUUUGGGUCCAGACGGUAGAAGCAGAUCUGCAGGGCUUGAUGCGUUAGCAAAUCUCCUUCCGAUGGACUUCCUAAACUGUCUUGAAAAGCCUAGUGGGCAUGAUUUUUGUACCAUUCUACUGUCAAACAUUCGUGAACCAACGUGUAUCUGGAACGAAAGUACGCGAGCCGAACUUUCUGAGCUCACGGAAGAGUUUUGUACUGAUUCUGAUGGCGACAUAUUGUCCUUUCUGGAGAUCGCCUCGAACCACAUGUAUGACUGCUUAAGCGCGGAACCUUUUGUUGGAGGUAUCUAUUUGCUCAUCUUGCUGGAAAAGUCGGAGGGGAACCCCACAGCAAUAACUGAAGAUAUGUUGUAUCCGACCACAGCUGUUGACUUCGUGGAGUCUCUUUUUCUGUUCUUAAACGAGAACAGAGAUCCUAAGCUCGGCAUUUAUUCUGACACACUUCCGGCGUUGGAUUGCUUGAGUCUUCUUUGCGACUUGCCAGCAUUCAGGCCUGCCAUCGUGGAGUGCUUAGAGCAACACGUCGAUGAUGUGGACCCGGUGAACGCUUCGGUUUCGGUGGCCACACUGGGUAGAUAUUUGCUUCCAUUUGAUGGCGAUGCGAAGUCGAAAGCAGUUUCGAUUUCGUCUCGUCGAUCACUGUCGACAUACGGAUUCAAUGCCAAAACCGGGUAUGAUCUUACACCUGCUUCAAUGGAAACCGAGUUUGGCAACGUGGAUUAUCUGGCUCGUCAAGAGCUUGCGCUGCUUAUUUUGAACAAAAUCUGUGGAUUCGAUUGUAACCUAGAACGGAUGUUGGCGCCUUUCUGCCAGUUUACGUGGUGUCUUCAGGUGAUUACGGAUCAUCUCGACUACGAGCAAGCUUUCUAUGCCCUGUCCUGCUUGGCUGAGCUAUGUGACACAUGUCUUGCAAUAGCCGAGUACAUCGAGAUGAGUGGACUGUGGGUUGAGGUCUUGGGAAUCGCACUUCAGUCCAGGCAGCACGUCCUUCAUGAGCACUUUCUUCGAGCUGAAGCUCUCCGGGAACCUGCAUUUGAAGUUUUGUACGCACUAUUGACGAAAGACAUAGCUUUGCGAGAGAAGAUGUAUCGGGCGCUUUGCCGUUUCCUUCCGUACGCAAUUGUAUACCAAAUUCACUUGGAUCCGAACAAGGCGACUCGGUUCUUUGACGACAACCACGAGAAGAGUGAUUUGAUUUGGAACUCUCACAGGCGAACCGAAGUACGUAAGAAGGUCGAUGCAAUCAUUUGUCGAAAUCGAGUGGAACGGUCGAUAGCAAAGCGGGACUCGGUUUUGCUCGACGACGAGACUGACUUCAUCCCGCUUCCGCAAAAUUUUGUGGCAGGUCUUUAUAUCGAUCGUUUCUUGUCUCGACCGGACCCAGACAAACUGACCAAUCCGGCAUAUAAUUUGGAGUUGCUUUUCCAGAUAUGGAGAACUCAACUGGACAAGCUAAUGGGCUUUGAUCUGCAAAAUCCGCCGGAUGACCUCCAAGCGGUUGUCGAUGAAAUUGACCGGUACACGAUUGCGAUAACGCAUAUUCUGCGGGCAUCACUUGAUAUUGACGAGAACAUUGCUAAUGAUCGCAUACCCGAACAAAUCGUGAAGCUCGUACGCCACUGCAAUCAGCAUUUGAUCACAAGCUUCCCGUAUCGCUGCAUUUUACGUGUCGCGCGGCGCUUGGUGCAGUUUCCGGAAAUGACUUCGAAAGACUUUGUUGAACUGCUAAUCUGCCGGAUCACGCUAAAGCAUCCGGACAUUCCGAACAUACUGAAAGUGCUCCGUCGUGUGUUGGAAGCACGCAACACGGCAUUGACAGAAUGCGAGACGAAGGAGGAUCCCGAUUAUUGGUUGAAAGACCUCAUGUACUAUCCCCAAAUGCUGGCAUUCUUGGAGGGGAUGGUAGAAAACAAGGAUGAGGUCGAAGCUUCUCUCUUGUCCAACGUGAACCGUGUGUUGCGCAUCAUCCACGCUGAAGAACCGAAGGAAACCCAGGUGAAGCAUUUAUCUCGUAGCUUGAUGGGACGCUGGCACAACUUCACGCUGGAGAGCAGAAUGUCGACGCUCCGAAACACGACUGUGACUGGGCAGCCUGAAGCGAAGCCACAAACAGACGCGACUGCAGUGACCAUGAAACCGGCCGAUUUGCACAAGUUGCGUACGCCGAGUUACAACGUGGAUGUGGCGAGCGAGCGGUUAUCAGAUAUCGCCAGCACUCGAAGCUUCGAUGUGGAUGGAGAGAGAGAGCCGUCCAUCCGUGUCGAUAUCAAAGGGACACCUGAUGACCGUGAAAUCGACAUAGAUGGUACGUUUAUCCAAGCUCCCCCGAAGAGCAUUAACUUUACGGACGGUACAGUAGAGGUAGGAGACACGACUAUCGCACCUCGAAGCUUCCAGUACAAGGGUGAAUAUGCGCGUGAUUCGCCCUUGCCAUCUCCAACAUCGCAUCGCUACUCGACGCUGGGAGCUCGGUAUGAACCGAUCGACUCUCAGUAUCACUCGAAGAAGGCAGCCGAGUACGACGAGCACAUCGAUGACGAGGACAUCUUUGCUACGCGUUCACGUCGUGGAAGUGUCCCUUUUGAGCCAGAGAACGACAGCGUCAUGAGGACGAACGGACUGCCUUCUGCUACUGCUGGAGGAGGCGGCGGCGGUAUUCCCAUGAGCAGCAUCAACGUGAGCAAUACAUACGACUCCCAAGCGCCAGCGACCCAUCGACAGUCACAAGCGCCAAGCAACGCGCCAUCGGAGGCAACAGGCAGCAUGAGCACUGACCGGCGCUACUCGUUGCUGGACUCGUGGAAACCGCCAAGCUCGGUGGCGCCAAGCUCUUCGCUCACGUCGCUCACGAUUUCUCGACGAGGACGCCGAGCUGCUGCUGUCUAUAGCCGAUGCAAGUCAAAAGGCAAAAAGAAGUGGUUUAAUCGUUAG